AUGAGGCUUGAAGAAGGAGAAGAGGAAAGGAGCAAGGAGAAGAGGAGUAGUGCAAAGAUCCAAGGGCAAAUCAGAGUUAUUGGAGCCGGGGAGAUACCGGAGCAGCAGCAGAUAGUUCCCGGAGCCACACACUCAGCAGCCAGAUCACGAGUUAUAGACUGUCAGGUCCGGCGUUACAAAGUUGUAGAAGUUUGGCGGCUGAAAUGGAGUAGGGAAAGUAUGAGUCAUCGCGCGAGUGGUGAUGUUGACACGGUGCCCGCCAUCAAUGAUGGGUGUCUCUAUGGUUAUGUUGUAACGUUUGGGCCGAUUAUAGUGUUUUUCGCAUGUGAUCCGUUCACGAAAGGCAUCAUGGGUGUUGUUUGCAUGUUGUUAGGAUUGAUGGUGUUGGGGAAGAAUGGUGGUGAAGUGGGUACAAUGUAUUGGUUAGGCACACCGCUAUUUGGGAAUGGUGGGGGUGUUGUGUGGGUCAGAGUGGGUGGUGAUGUUUGA